GCUAUAUAAAGAACACAAGGCUCUCCUUAUCACUGUAAGAAACACUGAAGAGGACGAAGCACAAAAGCAGGAUGCUGGUGAGGAGGCUGUGCACCGUGGGGCUCCUGUUGAUCUUUGUGGAAGUGACCACCUGUUCGCUGUUGAUUGGAGCUUUCAACAUCAGAGCCUUUGGGAACAAAAAAGUCUCAAAUGCCACUUUACUUGACAUCAUUGUUAAAACAGUGCAGAGGUAUGACCUCGUGUUAAUUCAGGAGGUGAGAGACAGCGACCUGUCUGCUACGACCAGCCUGAUGGAAGCUCUGAACAGGGGGUCAUCACCUCAUGUCUACCGGCAUAUAAUAAGUGAGCCAUUGGGCAGGAGCUCCUACAAGGAGAGAUACCUAUUUAUCUACAGAGAUGAAACAGUGUCUGUGGUUGAAAGCUUCCAGUAUGACGAUGGCUGUGAGCCCUGUGGGACGGACACAUUCAACAGAGAGCCCUUCGUGGUGAUGUUUUCAUCACCUCACUCAGUUGUUCAGGAAUUCGUGCUCAUCCCCCAGCACACCUCUCCUGAAGCUGCAGUGAAGGAGAUUGAUGCUCUCUACGAUGUUGCUGCGCAUGUAAGAAACAUCUGGAAUACAGAUAACAUCCUCCUGCUGGGAGACUUCAAUGCUGACUGUGGCUACGUACAGCGUUCGGACUGGGCCCGGAUCCGUCUGUACACUGACCCGCGAUACAGCUGGCUCCUGGACACGGGCAUUGACACCACUGUCACCAACACAAUCUGCACUUACGACAGGAUUGUUGCCAGUGGAACGGACAUGAUGAAAGGUGUCGUUCCUGGGUCUGCUACUGUUUUUGACUUCAUGACCACAUACGGACUCAGCCAAGCCAUGGUAAGACUGCAUUUCUCACUUGCAAGAACCUGCAUGAAGUGGUUUAGAUUCCUGAAACUUUUUACCAUUCAUAAUUUCCCCAAAGUUCUCAUAUUAACAAGCGACUAACAUAGAGGGAAGCCAGACAGUUCCUAUAACCCCUUGUAGCGUGUAAGCUUCCUUAUUUGGCAGAGCAUACCAUGUGUCUGCUUGCAGUGAAGGCAUGUUAAAGAGCCACAUUCAGUGAACUGACCCUGACAACUCUCUCUGUCCCCAGGCUCUGGCUGUCAGUGACCACUACCCUGUUGAAGUCCAACUCAAGAUACAUUGAGCUCCAGUCCUGCUUCCCACCUGCAGAAUGGGCCAAAGGCUUUCCUCUGCUCUGCUUGAAAUCCGACUAUUCAGUUCAAUGUGCUCAAUAAUAAAGUAAACUGAGCAUUUAAUGAAGGCCAUUGUUCUUUGAUAAAUCAAGCCCUUUUCUGCGUCCAUCUUGGGUUUGGAAUGAAUUCUUUUAAAGUGAAGUAAUUCCUGUUUGAUCACUUCCAUUAGGAAUGGGAGUGUUAAAUAGUAACUUGUGUUAUUUAUAUAGGGCGGUUAAAAGUGACAGUGGAAAAACUAGUCAUGGCACAUAAAAUGCAGCUGAUGGAACCCUUUCAAA